GGAGAUGGGAUGAACAGAGAGGAGGGAGAAGCACAUGAUUUGGAUGAAAGUGACUCAACAACACUCAGGUGUGGCCUGAAGACGUCGGGCCGUGGACCAGUCUAAGGCUCCGAACUUUCCUGAGUCAACCCCCCGGAACCAAGACGUCUGGAACGGUCAACAGAUCCUCGUAUUUCUUCUUCGGACUGACCAAUUGCACAAGUCAUCGUUUUGGUGAUCGCAUUUGAUCAUUUUGUAGCACGACGCGUUUGAAAUACGCAUAGAAACUUAGCUACUCUAGAGGAAUUAUUCCUAUACCGUUAUCUAGCCGAGUUGUGUUUUGCGUUUAUCAAAUUUCCAUGAGAAAGUAACUUUUAACUUCGUCUGUGGGCGAGCGGCUUACUAAUGGCAAUCCCCAAAGAUCCCGGAUACAAACGAAUCUAGCCUCAGCUCAGACAGUCCCUGCUGAUCCUAGCUGCUGAUAAUGUCCUCUGGUUACAUGAUGUUCUUUUUCAGGGUAUGGUCCAAAGAAGGGAGCUGAGGAAAGCCUGAAACAAACCAAAUACUGUGAAGUACUGUGCGCCCACCAUUUCUCCGCCCAUAGCUCAGAGAGGAAGUGAAACCAAGAGAUUGAGACCGAAGCAGUUCAAUGGAUGAAAACGUUGCGUGGACUGUAGAUUGAAAGAGGAAGAACUUCAUCCUCUCAGAUUUUUGCUUUUGAUCUCUGCUUGUACAACCUUUCAGGCCCCUCUGCCUGUUCUUUUGUUUCUACUAAGAGGUGCGUGUUAACUUGACGCAGAGAUGACAGUGAGACUGUGGGAUAAGCAAAAGUGCUAACUGAGAAGAGCAGUGACGUGAAUCCUUACAUCCAUAUGCCACCCACUGGAAUAUCUAAGUAUUAGCUAAUCAAGCAACAACAAUACGUCUACCUUGGACACAGACCAACAACUGAGCACUUUCAGACGCUCAUGGAUGUAGUGACUGACUGCCAGAACGCAAUUUGAUGAGGAUAGUCUCUUUGCUCUUGUGUAGAGUUUAACGUGACAGAAGUCCUUCACCGUCUGUCACUGCAGCCCAACUUUAAGGGGGAAAAACACUUUACUGGACUGAUGGAAAGAGAACUUAGGUAAACCUGUGAUGAGUCGGAAUGUGGUGCUGCAAAUAACUGGGAAUCCCCUACUGGAGUUAGUGGGAGGAACUGGAACUGAGGUGGAACCAGAACCAACCGAGGCCUAAGCACGACAACGGAAUGCCAUCUACUAAACUGGAAAUACACUUGAUUUAACUGCGUUGGGGGAGAGACUGUUUCAUCCUGGGAUUUGGGAAGACUGGAAUCUGUUCCUGUGGAACUGCAUUUAUUGGGAGAGGAUUACUGAAACCAACAGAGCACUGUCUGCAGAAAUGGCGGGGCCGGGAAAGGACUACAACCAUCUCUUCAAACUGCUCAUCAUUGGAGACUCCAAUGUAGGGAAAAGCAGUCUACUACUACGAUUUGCAGAUAACUCCUUCUCUGGUAGCUACAUCACUACGAUCGGCGUGGAUUUUAAGAUCCGUACGGUGGACAUCGACGGGGAGCGAGUCAAACUGCAGAUCUGGGACACGGCGGGCCAGGAGCGCUUUAGGACCAUCACCUCGACGUAUUACAGAAAUACCCACGGCGUGAUUAUUGUUUACGACGUCACCAACCCAGAGUCGUUUGUGAACGUGAAGAGGUGGCUUAAUGAGAUCACUCAGAACUGUGACAACGUCUGUAAGAUCCUAGAUGUUUAUGGCUUUCACUCACAUGGUCCUUCGGACAAAGAAGCAGAGUCAGAGUCGUGCAGAGAGAGAGCGGGAACGAGAGAAGGAAACGGUCGACAUCAACUCUCACAGACACAGAGAGAGGAGGAAGAGGGGGAAGAAGUGUUGCUGAGGGAGAGAAAGGAAGGAGAUUUUCUAAGAACAGGACAGACCAAUGGAGAGUCGAGCAUCUAAAGUAUGUCUGCACUCAUGGGGAAAGAGCCAGGACAUUACAUGUUGACAUUGCACUGAGACAAGAUUACAAGAGGGUAAGGACAGAGAACCACUGUUACGUGCCGAAUUUUUACCUUAGCAGUUAUUUUUUAUGAAUGCAUAUUAAUGUCAUUUUAUCAUUAAAAGGGAAACUGGAUCCCCACUGUGUCAAACUGUCAUUAAAAUCCCUAAUUUAGGAAAUACACUAAUGACUUCAAAAGUGACUAGAGUGAUGUAUCUGUCUUAUUUGUAAUGAAAAAGACUGUUGUGAAAAAUGUAACGUCUAAAUAAACAGUGAGCAAUAAAGUCGA